CAAUACCAUUUCGAUUAAAGCCAAGUUAGCCUUGAGAGUUAUUUCCAAACACUAGCUCACUCAAAAUUAGUCAACUUCUGUGCUGAGAAAUAAAUUCCGAAUUGCAAUCAUAAAACUUCGGCUAAAUUAUACAUAAAAAUAUAUAAUAUGGAGGACUUAAGUGGCUUGGGCUUUACGGUCAACAUGGUGUUGAUGAUCUGUGCCGCCGUCUUGGGUUACUUGUACGCCUUUUACCAUCAGCGGGGUGACAGACGAAAUGCGGAGGUUGGUUCCAAAAUUCUUGCUGCCAAUCUGCCUGAUUUGCCCCCAAUCAAAUUGACCCUGGAUCAGUUGUUGGGAUUCGAUGGGACCCGAAGUGAUGGCAGAAUACUGGUGGCGCUCAAGGGAAAAAUCUACGAUGUGUCCAGUGAUUUCCCGGAAUUCGGCUUAAACGGAACCCUGUCUCAUGUUGCUGGCAGGGACUUUACGAAUUAUCUGAAGUCGAUAAUGGAAACGCAUAAAUCAGAGAUCAACUACGUCGAUCGUUGGGAAUCCAUACUGGAAACGAAUUAUUCAUGUGUCGGUAUCGUCAUCGAUGAGCUAGGCAAUCCUCUUAUGGGCAGAAUUGAGAAUGAUAAUGAUGAUGUGGUCGAGGAAACUCAGGAAGACAUGGUGGAACCAAUCAAUGCAAAUGAGAAGUCAAAAAAGACACUAAACGAGGUUCUAACUGCCGAAACAUUGCCAUCGGAUACCAAAACAGAGAAAUAUUUAGAAGAGCCCAACUCUGAAGUCCUUAUCUGUGCAGAAGUUUCCGAUUGUUAGAAAUCAAUAGUUAUACUUAGCUUUAGGCCUAAACAAUUAAAUAUUUUAUUAGUAUACAGAGAUGAUAAAAAUGUAGUCAUUUUAUAGGUAAAUCGCACUAACAUUGUUCUAUUAAAAAUAAAUUUAGAAUAA